CAGCCCGUCUGCCGUCAUCCCCGACAUUUCCAGCGCCCCGUCAACUAACAAUCCAACGUUUUCAUAAUCACUAGGCAUGAUGUUGGGUCAGACAGCGUCGCCCUGGUUCAAAGCAUCCAGGCUUGAGAUCCUCAUCACUAACGCCUGCGACCCCUCAGCGCACGAGCCAAACUUUGCCCACCAUCUCGAAAUCGCUGAAUACAUCAACAUUAAGAAAGCCAAUACGCCCCGUGAAGCAGCCAUGCUCAUAGCUCGCCUUGCUAAUCACCGAAAUCCCCACAUUGCCCUCCUCUCGCUCGCCCUCCUCGACACUCUCGUCCAAUCGUGUGGAUAUCCCUUCCAUCUCCAAAUAGCCACCAAAGAAUUCCUCAAUGAACUUGUCCGCCGCUUCCCCGAACGCCCUCCGCCAUUCCCGGGCCCCGUUAUGUCUCGUAUCUUGGAAGUGAUACACAGCUGGAAGGAGGGAAUCUGUACAGAAUCUAGGUGGAAAGAGGACUUGGGUAAUAUUCGCGACAUGCAUCGGUUGCUGACCUUCAAGGGAUAUCGCUUUAGGGAGCUACCAAGUAGGAACCUCGCCGAGCCUACAUUGUCCCUCAAAACUGCCGAAGAAUUGGAAAACGAAGACCGCGAAGCCCAAUCUGCCAAACUCCAGGAACUCAUCCGCCGAGGGACACCUCGCGAUCUCGCCGCUGCACAAGAACUCAUGAAGUCUCUCGCUGGCGCGAACCCAGAUGCCAAACCUGACUACCGCGCUCAGGCCCUGGCGGAACUCGCUAAGUUCCAGAGCAAGGUCGUCUUAUUGAAUGAAAUGUUGGAUAACGUUGACGCAGAGAGGGGCGAGAAAUUCGCCAAGGGAGAUGCAUAUGAUCAAGUAGCCGCUAUUCUCAUAUCUGCCCGCCCCAAAUUGCAAAAAUGGGUCUCGGACGCAGAGUCAGAUGACCCAGAGUCCUUGAACGCCUUCCUGGAGGCAAACGACCAAAUCAAUACCGCUCUCGCCCGCUUUGAAGCCUUUCAACGUGGUGACUACAAUGCCAUUGCCUCGAUACCCACUUCCGUAUAUUCGACCUCACCUGGAGGAACCAAUGGAGGCGCAUCGCUUAUCGAUUUCGAUGAUGGACCAUCCGCUUCAGGGUCUGGAGUUGGAAACAACGGGAAUCUGGUGGAUGACCUCGCGAACUUGUUUAACUCACCUGCCCCUUCCUCCCAACCGCCACCCGUCAAUAAUGCCACGCGUCCUGUUAUAUCCUCACCAUUCCCAAUAUCUGCUCCAGAACAACCCCCUCUGCAAGGACCACAGUACGGCUCCAUAAUGCUCCCUGCGUCUAGGAAGGCGAGCCCUAGUGGGAGUUAUUUUGGGAGUUCGACAUCACCACCUCCAGCUGUGGGAUUGGGUCAUCCGAUGCGUGCCCAAUCUCCCCCGCAGCCGAAUAGCACAAGUGUGGGCCUGUCUGGGGGGUCGCAGUUCUUUAGUGCAGCGCAGCCAAAGACGCAGUUCCAACGGUCGUCUACAGGAUCUCGGUUUUCGGGCGGUAUGUCUAUUCAGCAACGUUCGCUGCAGUCGACACCAUCAUCACAGCCUCGGUCCGGCGAUGCCCAAAAUCGAGAUCCAUUUGCUGACCUUGCUGGCCUAUUUUGAGGUGGUAUGAGAUGCUGUGGGUGGGAGUGACAUUUGUGGUGUGUGAUCAGCAACGUGAUUUUCUAUACCUUGGUUAUCCUGGAUGAUUCUUUUGUUGUUCGAGUAUGAUCAAUGGACUUGGGCAGAUCUGUCAUUUCUUCAACAGCAACUAGCCAAGGUGGAAGGGACUGCAUACAAGGCAA